AUGAGCAGCACUGACAACCAAGUCGGUGUUACAGAUUCAACUCACAUAUCAACAAAGUAAGUUGUCUUUUGCUUACUUUUCACGCGUUUUCCCGAGCAGAUAAAAUUUUUAACAGUUCUUUGUCGAAGGUUGCUUUGACAUUUUGCGUUCGCUUACUAUCUUCUGCGUGCUAGAACAGUAUAAAUCAAACCGUAUUUCAUUCGAUAAACAUCAUUAUUCUUUAGUUCAAAUGAACCGUGUUUAUUUAAACCUUUCACGUGUUCCGCUUCCCUAAUUUUUCCUUAGCUUCUCGCUUGAGUUAGUGUCAUGACUAAAGUUUGCCAUGUAAAAUUUAUUCAAUUUUCGCUUUGUUGUACAUGUGUCGUCUUGAACUGUCAUUAAUGUAGCCGUUUGUCAGCCUUUUGAAAUCUGAAGGAAUUUAAACUGCUUUUCCUCUGAGUAUUUUCAAACGUAUUUACAACGACGGUUAUUUACGCGAAUCAAUCUUGCCGCGUUUUUCGUCUACACGCUGGUUUCAUCAUAACACAAAUUCAAUGGAUGGCUUUGUGUUAUGUGCGCAAAUUAAUUCUUCGCAUUCCCAGACGUAAACAUUAUGCUUCAUUCCACAAUUUCAAAGCGCCUUGAAACUUUUAUCUUUGCAAGCUUGUUUGAGAGUUUUUCCUCAUUGCAAUACUGUCCUCUGUUACAUCGAAGAACAUACAGCUUGAAUUGUUAAUUAGGGCCGUUCCAAGAUGUCAUACAUAAUUUACGGCUCGGAGCCAAAUUUCCCUUAGUUUUAUGCUUCAUUUGCUUCAUAUUGCGAAGAAUCCAGAUAGUUCUUCAUAAUCUAUUCAUCGUGUAUAUGAGUGGUUUUUUUUAUUAUUAUUUUCUGAUCACUAGCAAAUAUUAACAUCUUAAAUAAGCAGAAUCAAUAUAAUCGCCGAAGCACAAUGUAGUUUAAAAAGAACGUCAAAGAACAAUAUAUUCUUUAACAGGCUUUCUUUAGCUUUCAUUUAUGUCGUAAUGUUUUGUCAAUCACUACCUGGUUUGAGUUUUAGAUAUGAUUUAAGUUAAACUGCUUUUGAUUCACAACUUAAAAUGUACACGACAUUUUGCAGUGAUAAUUAAUGAAAUUUCAUUGCGAGCAUUUUGAAGUAUUUGUUUGUUGCAAUCUUUUUUACAAAUAAAUGUUAAAAGGCAUGCUUCUUGACGCCUGCUUUCUUUGCCAACACACUGGUGAAGUAGAAUGCAUGAGGGUUUGAAGUGUUUGUUAUGAAUGUGAUGCGUUGAAAGUGCUUCUGUUAUUACCUCUGAUAAAAUCUCUUUUAUACAAUUUAAAUGUUAAUUUUUUGAUAUAAUAUAUUAGAUUUGUUAUACUACUACAUGAAAAAUUUCUGCAAUUUAAUUGGCUUAGAGGAGUGGUAUUUCAGCUUAAUUUGAAAUACCUACAUGUGAAAGUUACAAACCUUUAGCAGGUAGUAGUAUUAACAAAUAAUAGCAUGAUUUGUACGUGAUAUUUGGCAUAAAUACCACUCGUGAUAUUUCAAAAUUGUCUCAAAUUUCACUCCCUAACGGCUCGUGAAAUUACGUAUAACAAUUUUGAAAUAUCACUCAUGGUAUUUAUGCCAGAUAUGCUAUUACCUAUACUAAUAGUUAAAUCAUGAUACGGCAUCAAUGUUUUGCUAGUGUAGCUAGUGAGGUUUAGUGCGAGACUAGCUUUUGUGUAAUUAACAUUCCCUAGUGUCUUAAAAUAAUUUGCAUUUGUUUCGACCUCUGCAAUAUACUAUUACCUAUACCAAUGGUUAUAUCAUGAUACGUAAUUAAUGUUUUGCUAGUGGAGCUAGUGAGGUUUAUCACGAGGCUAGCUUUUGAGUAAUUAAAAUUCCUUAGUGUCUUAAAAUUGCAUUUGUUUUGACCUCUGCAACAGACAAAACAAUUUAUAUUGCUUCUCUGGCAGUGUUUGUGACAGGAAGGCUUAAAUAUUACAAAUAGUGUGAGCUGUAACUAAAAAGAAAAUGUUUUCUUAAAGUAUGUUACAUUAGCAAUAUCAAAGCUGAUAUUGUGAAUGAGAGAUAUGUAUGUGAUCUACAUGUAUCUAUUUUCUGAACUACAAUGUAGUUAGAGGAAUUUUUCUGGAGUGCUCAACUUUUCAGGAGCAAUAAUGUAGUAGUUCCAGGCCUCAGAGGCUAUACAUGGCUUUAUUGCUACAGCUGAGCUCUGUUUUGUAUGGCGAAAAGGCAACCACACUCAUCAGGCAAGUUUAGCAAGAUACAUGGGACCUACAUGUAUAUUUAAGUAUUCAAGUCGCCGUGGAUUAAACUUUUACAAUGAUGACUUUUUCACAUUGUUUUGUGAUCUUUGCGUUGUCCAGUUGAAAGAAAGCUACCUUGCUCACUUUCUUCUAGCGUUUAAUUGCAACUAUGUCUCGGGUUAAUUUUAGUCUUUGUUCUAAUUUUAUUUUCAUUCAAUUGGUUAUGGCAGUUACUGUUUAUGAUAAUGAGAAGCUUCAAAUAAAACCAAAGACAUGAUUAAACAAGCACAAGUAAAAAUAAUAUUGUUGGCCAUUUCCAUUUUUGUUUGUGAACCUCCAGGCCAUAUCCUGAGAAAACAGCUGACAUUUUAUGACCCUACCACUGGUUUCCCUGCAAAAUGAAGUCUCAGGAAUCAGUGCAGAAUUCCAUAUUGACGAUGUGUCACUACACAGAUCAGGGUAGUGCUUCUAAAUGGUUCAAGGAAAAUUUCAACCAAUCCGAAGCACUACCCACAUCAGAGUAGUGACACAUCAUCAGUAUGGAAUUUCCGUGGUCAGACGUCAUUUUGUGGGGAAACCAAGGCUGGUGUCGCAAAAUGGCAGCUGUUUUCUUAGGCUCCCUCUGCCGAAGCUUUUAAAGUUCCAGAUUGCAGUUCCUUAAGGUCUUUACAUGAUACAUGUUUCAGAUACCGGCACAUGAAAUUGCGCCUAAUUAAGGUGCCACUGCGACCAAAUUUAGUUGCCAACUUGGCUAGUAGAGUACUUCACUACACUUUACCUAAGGGUCAUGUGAAUUGCCGAAGACAUGUAAGAGUAAUCUGUGGUAGUGAUCACAGGGCUUAAAAACUUUGUUGUUCGGUUUGUUUUCAAGAAAAGAUUCAGCACUUUCCUGAUCUACUAGACGCAAGUUGAAUUAAAGUAGCCUGUAAUGUUAUGUAUGACCCUUUCUAAAGUCACAAAACACCAUCUUGGAUUAAAAUAGCCCUUUAUGAAGCCCUUUGUCCCAAUUCCAAAGUCGUGGUGAUUUAUCAGUUUAAGCUAUAAGUGGCUAAUUUCUUCCUAUUGCACGAUAAAGAACAGAUAUCACAGUUAAUUAAUAACAAAUAAGCCUUAGAAGAAUGACAUUAAUUGCAAGAACACAUUUUUCUCAUUUUCAGCGAAAAUAAUCGACAUUCACCUGUUAAAUAAAACUUGUACGAUGAGUAGGUACUGCGUCCAGUAAACUGGGACUGGGGCGGGAUAAGAAGACUGUUGGAUAUAAAAGCAAUUUAUCCUCACUUUGAAAGAAGGUCUUCACAACUUAAAUUGCUAAAAUUUAAUCAAAUCUAUUCAAUUCUUUGAUUAAAAAUGAAAAACAUUUCAUAAACUCCAUAAAUACAUGUAUGGGGUCUAUCUUGUAAAUGGACAGAGUUAUAAAAAUGUGGCUUUCAAACAGUGGCAACCAACUUAUUGUAAUUGGCAACUACUCUAAAUUAUUUUGACGUCCAGUUACUGGAGAAAAAAGUUAAUUUCAUGCUCUGUAUACAUGAGUGUUUGCUUAGUAUUUAUCUUUUAUUUAAUUGUGUUAUUUGCUUUAAUUUGUUGAUGUAAGAAAGCACUUGAUUUAGUAAACCUUCUAAGCAUCAGAUUCAAGAAAAAACUUUUGAUCCCUCAUAUUACUUUUCAAAGAUGCAGGGUUUUCAUUAAGACCCAGCGCCUACUAGAGCUUUGAUGGGUAUGCAGUUGUGAAUCACAGCAUGCAAUUUUGCCUUAUUAUCAGUUAAAGGCUUAGUGAAUUAAAACCCUGUUUGAGUUUCUGCAUUCUUAACUUGCUUUUGUGAUUCAGCAAAAUGUGCAUUCAGGCUUCCUUAAAAUGGACAUCAAAGAGACAAAACCUAGUGUCUGUUGUACACUGGUGUCUUUAUGAAAGAGGUAGAAACUGUAUGAAUUUGGUGUCCAUAAGGCGCGGUUUGACUACAGAAAAAUCUGGCUUCAUCUCCUUUAGUCACUGUAGUUCAGAGUCAUGGGAAAAUGCAAUUAACUACUGGAAAUUAAAAAAUUAUUUUUCAGGGUGCUAGCACCACCUGGUGGCAAAACAUCCAUAAGUUUGUUUGGAAAUGAUGGAGGCACUCCCUCAGAGCCUGUAAGGAAAGAAGUUAACCGCUGUCAAGCUGAGCGGAAUAAAUCAAAUGUUUUUGCCUCUGAUGCACCUGCUUCUGCCGUGACUCCAAAACACCACGCAGAAAGCCAACAAAGACGGCAACACUCCUCUGUAUUUGGUGAGUCACAGCCUGCCCCAAAACCAUCCUUCGAACCAGAGCCGCGGAAACCUCACACAGUUAAUCCACAUCAGGAGGCUCGACAAAAAUCACAGGUCUUUAAGGAACCAACAGAAUCUAAGCCCCCUCCACCAAGAAAGAGGGAGGAUAUCAUCAGUGGUAAGGGUGGAAGCAAUGAGGAAAGAAGUCACACUUCUGUCAAAGUUCAUGCUCCCCCUGGCGGACAAUCACAAAUAUCUUUUGGUUGA